AUGGGUGAAGAAGAAGAACUAUACAACCUAGUGCACAAGAAGACGAAACUCCCGCUGUUGCAGGCGAUCUCACCGCUGCCCUUGAUCAACAAGAGCAGAAUUCCUCCGAAAUAUUCCUGCAGGCGUCCGAAACCGGUGAACAAUCUCCGGUCGAGAACCAUCUCCGAGGAUGAGUCCACUGAGAUCUUCAAGCCAAAGCUGCCGAAGUCCUUUUACAUAAUAAAGCUGAAGGAAUGGGCAGAAGAGAUUCCAAUCAGUCCCCUGAUGCCUUCCUGGGAGACCAACAUCAUCAACCUGAUUCCCAGAACCCUGAAAACCAAAUACCCCAGAUGCCUGGAGGCCCUCCUCGAAGAGAUAAAACUGCUGUACGUCGGGGAGAUGCAGGAGUUCGCUGUCUCGUCGAUCGUAAUCAACGACAAGGAAGAGGAAGCGGAAGAACCAGAAGAAAUCAUCGUAAUCCCAACGGAAAAGCCCCUCGUCUCCCAGAACAAUCGGCAGUUCUUGAAGAACAAGAAGCAGUUCAGGUCGAACUACUUCUUAUCCCAAAAUCUCAUGAAGCAGAUCAUUUCGACAGCUAGACAGCACUUGACAUCGGAGAUCGUUGAUUUCUCGAGGUAUCGGCAGCUCGGUCUACUGAAUAUAUCCGAUUUUCAAGGAAUGAUAACGAAGAACCUGCGGAACAGCACAUCCAUCAUAAAGCACGAGUACUACAAAGAAAUAAUGAAGAAAGUGCUGUCUAAGAGGCACCUGAAGAGGAUCAAGAAGGACGAGGAGUCGAGGUUCAUGCGAUGCGCGACGAAUCUCUUCGUCCAGCAGAUCCUUCAGAACAUGAUGGAGACCGUCAGGAAGAUGUUGGAUUUUAUCAAGGAUGUGAAGCUCUGCCCGCAGUUGAGUUUCGAAUUAAUUAUCACUGAUGGUUUCGAAAAGCGUGAAGACUACGAACCGAUGAUCUCGUUGAGACCCUCGAUUGAUGAAGUGUCUGGUGUCUAUCAUCAGGUGAUCGACGACGUCUCCAAUAUCGUCAGCAACGAUUUACUCUGUUUCAAGUGCGAGGACAGCGACGAGAAUCACAUCCGAGUGAAUCUUCCGGAAUGGUUCUUGAAGGAAUCGCAUGACAAGCUGUCUCAAAUUCUGGAUAACCUGUUCCAACCGCUGAAGGAUCACUUCUCAGAGAUCGUCCUGGGGUUCAGGUACGUCUGUACACCAGGCACUCGGGAUUUCAUCCUGGACCUCGUAUCGGAGACCAGGGACUUCACCGUCUACUGCGAUCAUGUAAAAAAAUUCAACAUUUAUUUAUCGAAGACCAAUGAGAUGGUCUCGUACUUGUACUACGACGUUGGAAGAUUGAGCCAGGUAAAAGCGAAGGAGAAUCUCCAUCGGAAUAUCUCUGGAUUGAUAAAAAUCCUGAUGGACAAAAUGACAGGCUACCACUGGGACUACAACAGAUCGAUAUUCGAUGAGUUCGAGGGACUGAAGAACUCAGCGCUUGAUAUCCCGAAGAACGCGAAGGCCCUCUUUGAGUUGAGCGAGACAAUGGCACAUGCUUCAACAGUGACUGUGGAUAAGCUGCAGAAGAAGAUCAUGAACUCCGUGGAGAUGCUGAGCGAAUUGCUGCAGUUGACAGAUCUAUCGGAAGACCACAUUGAGUUCAACAAAUCGACGAUUAACUAUUUGUUCUCAAUAUCAUCGGUCUUCACCCAGAGCAAUAUUCUGUGUGAAGCGAUGAAGAGUGAACUAGAGGACGAGCUCCAGCGGAAGAUCAAUGUCCUGAACAGCCAAGUCGAAGAGAUCAUUCCGGAGUUCAUAAUAAUGGACAACAUGGACGACGCGAAUCGUGUGCAUGAAUACAUAGAAUUUUUGAAGCUCUUGGUGUCGAAGGUGCAAGAAGUUGACGAGGAGAUAAAGGCGAUAAACCACGAAGAGAAAUUGUUCAAAUUCCCUGAGACGACCUUUCCCAGGGUCGACGAGAUUAAAGACGUCAUCAUGCCGUUCUACAAUUUGAACAAAAUGAUUUUCCUGUGGCGAAGGCACAACAGCGUCUGGCUUGACGGUCCAUUCGAGUACAUCGAUUCAUCUGAAGUUGAGAAGAUCACGCUUCACUACUUUGAUGAGUUUACAGAACUCAACAAGAACACGAAGACGAAGAUCAAGCUGGACAUGACAACGCCGAACAAGCCCUUCAAGUUCUCAGGGAUAAUUGAUGAUCCGGAUCCCAUGCAGCAGCCAGCACCAUUAAAGCUGUGCUUCCAGGUGAUUCAACACGUCAAGGACUUCAAGCAGUACAUCAGACUCGUCAAUUGCAUGUGCAAUCCUGCUCUCGCUAGGAGACACUGGAACGAGAUGUCGAUCAUCUACGGGUCCGACAUCACUCCCAAUGCGGGAACAACUCUCAGGAAGAUCAUCGCUCUGGAUCUCAUCGAGAACAUGGAGAAGUACGAGGUCAUCAGCAUCUCUGCCAACAAGGAGCUCGCCCUGCAGCAGCAGCUGGACGACAUGGCUGAAGAGUGGAAUGAUGUGAUGUUCGAUAUCGGUGAAGCUGAUGGGGAUAAGAGAAGACUCGUAUUCGUGAAUCAGGAGGUGGAAAUUCAGGUGAGAAUGGAGGAGCAUCUGGUCAAGGUGCAGCAGAUGAAGGGAUCUUACUUCGUCAAACCAAUUGCUGAUGAUGUCGAUAGCUUUCACAGAAGUUUGAUAUUGGUCCGGGAUACCAUUGACGUGUGGAAUAGUCUGCAGAACGAGCUGAUCCUUAUCAAACCCAUCUUCGAGCAUUCGAGACAACUUAAACUCAAUCAAUGCGGAGAGAUGAAUCGUGUUCUGAGUGAAGACUUUGAAGAGUUUGAGGUGAUCUACGACGUCUGCGAGAAAAUCGAUGAACGUCUGAAUUCCGUCAGGAGUGGAAUCAUGCGGAACCCAACGUUCCGUGAGAUCGGAGGGACUUCUGAUUAUCUGAAUAAGCUCAGACAAUGCCAGGACUUCAUCCGGACUGCCAAUCAGAAAAUUUCCGAGCAUCUGGAGAAGAUGAGGUCGAUUUUUCCGAGGUUUCACUUCCUCUCGGAUCAUGAGAUUCUCGGAGUCAUAUUCAGUGAUGAUCCUAGGAGAGGAAUUGAUAAAUUCCUGAGAUUGUUGAAGAAGUGCUUUUAUGGAGUUAAAAACGUCAGGUUGGGAUCUAGUGGGAAUAUUGUAGCGGUUGUUAGUGAUUAUGAUCAGGAGUUUGAUUUAGGCAGCGGCAUCAAUCCUGAAGAGGAGCGAUGGCUGAUUGAAACUGAAAGAUCGAUGAUUGAUGCAGUAAAGCGGAAUAUUCAUUUGAAUAUCCAACGAAAUCGUGAAGGUCCAGAUAAUUUCGUCGAUUUUGUUUCCAAUAUUUUCAGCGUUUCUUCUGUGACUUUGAAAAUAUUUUGGACUUCGAGAGUCGAAAGUUGUCUUCGGGGUUCUGCCUCGAGACCUUCGAUUUUCGAUCUUCUGUUGAAGUCUCAAAAUUUAUCGAUCACUGCUGCAACGAAUGAAUUAAAGAAUGGAAAUCAGACUGGUCGAAUCCUCCGGAAGAAUCAGAGAUUAAUCCUGAUGAAUCUCGCUUCGAUUUUAAUCCAUCAACGAGAUGUUGUCGCUUCGCUGAUCGACAAGAAAGUGACAGACAUCGAAGACUUCAAUUGGGCAUCACAAUUGCGACACUAUUACGUCGACAAUUCGAUAAAAAUCGAGAUGAUCUACGAGACAAAGACCUACGGCUUUGAAUUUAAUUCAUUGAUCAAUUCUCCGGUGAUAAGGACUCCCCUGACCGACAGGAUCUAUCACACGAUCUUUCAAGCAAGCAAGAACAAUUAUUUCUGCUCAUUAAUCGGUCCUGCCAACACCGGGAAAACAGAAACAGUGAAGAACCUGGCGAUCAGCGAGUUGGGGCUUCAGUUUCAUCUGAUCAAUUGCACGAGAAAUUUGACUUGCGAGAGGGUGUCGAGUAUUUUGAAGGGGAUCAUCUCCUGCGGUGCUUGGGCGACCUUCAGGAACAUAAAUCAUGCGGAAGUUCCAAUUCUAUCGGCAAUCACUCAAAGAUUCAGUCAAAUCCUGAAGAUUCUGUCUUCUAAGAACUCAAAGAACUCAAAGUUCGAGGGCUUCGACUUCUUCGGAGAAUUAUCGAAGGUCAAAAACUCGGGAUUCAUCACUGUCACCAUGACUUUGAAUCCUGGCAGCUUCUCCAGAUUCAAGAAAUACGAGAAUCUUCCGGACAACUUGAGGACGAUGUUUAGGCCAGUGGCAGUUCAUCCUCCUGAUCUGGAACGGAUUCUUCAAGUCAAUCUGCUCUCCGCGGGUUUUGAAAAAGCCGAUGUUAUCUCCAGAAAGAUGAAGAUGUUCUAUAAAUUGUGUGCAGAGCAACUAAGCGCCGAUCAAAGGUACGUAUUCGGCCUUCGGUCAUUGACUGCGAUUAUCAAGAACUCGGUGAGACUCAAGUUCCAGUUCUCCGAAGAGAAAGACGAAGUGUUGAUCGUCCUGAGGUCAAUCAUUGACGUUCAUCUUGGGGUUCUGAGGCAAAACGACGUUCCGGUCUUUUUGGGGUUCGUGAAGGACAUCUUUCCAAGGGCUCAGGUGUUCCCUCCUGAUUACAGCAGCUUUCUCAGAAUCCUGGAGGAGCUGCUGGAUGUCUUCCAAGCCCCUGAGAACUUCCAACUGAAGUUGAUCCAAAUAUACGAAAUCCUUCACAUCAAGCACUCGUUCAUGAUCGUCGGGGACUCCCUCUCGGGGAAGACGACAAUCCUCAAGAUCUUAUCGAAAUGCUUGUCUCGAUUACACUCAGAGAUUGAUUAUUCAGGGAUCGAAGUCGAAACAAUCAAUCACAAGUCCAUGAGUCUAGAUACUUUAUUCGGGUAUAAUGAGGUCACCGGUGGUCAGAGAAAAUGGAUCGACGGAAUUUGUACUGCAGUUUUAAAGAACUUCUCACAUAGAACUGAAAUAAAAUACUUUAAUUCAAGAAAAUGGAUGAUAUUCGAUGGUUCUAUCGACUCUUCCUGGAUGGACAACUUAUCUACACUUUUGGAUGAUAAUCGAACGUUAUUUUUGGAUUCUGGAGAGGGAGUCACAAUUUCGGAUACAACUUCCAUAAUUUUUGAAACAGAUAGUCUGAAGGACUCGUCUCCAGCGAUGAUCUCGAGGUGUGGAGUUGUGCAUUUGGAAGGUGAUACCAUUGGUUGGAGAUCACACGUGAAGUCUUGGGUGAUUGAACAGAACUACAUUCAGUCGAAAAGCUGCAAAUUCAUGACGAAUGUCCUCAAUUGGGGAUUAGAAUCUGUCCUAAAUUUCUUGAAAGAUGUCUCAGAUGCUUUCCUGAAGAUCAGUGAAGUUUAUCUGGUGAUUUCGGUCCUGAAAUUGCUGAGGAUUUAUCUGCUAGAUGCCCUGGACGUCAACAAAAAGGAAGGGACGUCAACUAAUUUCAAUACUCACUUCGAAAUCUGGUUCCAAGCAGCUCUGAUUCUCUCAAUAAUCUGGGGAAUGGGUGGGACGUUGUCUUCUGACGAAUCCAGAAACAAGCUAGACGAAUUUUGCGCCUCCAUGUGGUGUCGACGACCUGCAGAGAUCAGUCAACCCGACGUAGUCCUUCCUGAGGGUUUAAUCCAGGACUACAAUUAUGUCUUCAAAGCUGCUGGUGCUUGGAAAUCCUGGGCGGAGAUCCUGAAGAACUCCAUAGACUUCUUCAUCGACUUCAAGUUCAUUCCAACUGCUCACACAACUCGAUUGACAUCAAUCUUCGAGAGUCACAUCCGACACAAAGUUCCCUUCAUCAUCUGCGGAGAUAAAUCCAUCGGGAAGACAACGAUGAUGCAGUUUCUUCUGAAGAAGAAGCUCCCAAAAUACAACAACGAGUACUUAUCCAAUAUUUUCAACUUGACCUCGAGGACAUCCUCCCAGCAGGCGCAGAAGUAUUUUCUUCUGAAGAUCAAUAGAAUAAGGAAAGGACGGUACGCCCCACAGAGGGACAAGUACUCGAUCAAUUUCAUUGAUGAUCUGAACAUGAUGACGGAUGAUUCUGAGAAUAGGGGAUCGAUUUUGGAGUUGAUCAGACAGAUGAUGGAUCACGGUUACUGGUUCGGCUGCAGCAACAACGACGAGAAAUUCCAGAAGAUAUUCGUUGAGAACGUCAUGUUCCUGUCGGCUCUGACUCUUCGAACCUGUAACUCUGUUCCUUCCAGGUUCAUCAGACACUUCAGUCUCUACACGAUGAAUCCUCCCUCGAAAGACAACAUCUUCAGAAUCUUCUCGACUCUGUUAUUGAAUAAUCUUAAGAAGAAUCAGUUUAGUGCUGAUGUCAGCUCCAGUGUGAACUCGAUGGUUCACGCAGUGAUUCAAGUCUUCAAUUCCAUUUCGACGAAUAAGGAGCUGCGGCCCAUACCCUUGACCGACAUCACACAUCUGUUCAAUCUGACGGAUAUUGGACGUGUGAUCAGCGGCUGUAGCUUGAUUCACCGUGAAUCAGCGGAGACUAAAGUGACAUUGAUUCGUCUUUGGACUCACGAGACCCUCAGAGUUUUCGGCGAUCGAAUGACGACCGGAGCUCAACGGAACUGGCUGUUCACCACGAUAAAGGAAGCUAUCGGUGUUCACUUCAAGGACUCCUUCGACUCCAUCUUCGAUCACCUUCCGAAGCACAACGAUCAGCUGACAGCAGAGAGCUUCGAGAGCCUGCUGUUCUGUAAUUUUAUCGACACAGGAGAUCACAAAGAGGACGCGAUGCGACGUCGGAGGUACGAAGAGGUCACCUGCAGCAGGGAAAUCCUCAGGACUAAAUUGGUCUCUCUCUUGGCUCAGUCUAAUGAAGCUGUAGAAGACCACAAGAAGCUGGACAUCAUCAUCUCCUCUGACAUUGUGACGCACUUGAUUCGCCUCUGCAGAUGCCUCUGCACCCCGUCAGGUAACUUCCUGAUGUUAUCGAUGAGCGGAGGCUCCACGGGGAGGCGUACCCUCACUAGGUUGUCCUCUUUCAUUCAAAAAUCUCAAUUCUUCGAGUUGUCGAAUGACUCCAAUUGGAGAGAAGACUUGAAGAAAGCUGCAAAGUCCAUCGCAGGCAGCACCAACGACUGCGCCUUCUUCGUUCCCUGUCGGUAUCUCAAGCAUGAACACCUUAUGGACAUGAAUUGCUUGAUAUCCACCGGCGAGAUUCCAGAUUUAUUCCCUGAAGAUGAUGAGCGUCAAGAGAUCAUCGAAUCCGCACGGCUUCCAGCUCAAAAUGGCGACAGAAACCUCGAAAUUGGAAUAAUCGAAGUUAUGAACUACUUCCACGUGCAGUGCCAGGAGAAGAUUCAUUUUGUUCUCUACGUAAAUCUUUUUGAUGAAAUGAGAUGUAGAAGAAACAGUAACUACCGGCUGUUAAAAUCGUACCCAAAUAUUCUAAACUUCUGCUUCAUAGAUUGCUUUGAGGACUGGCCGGGAGAAGCCUUUCAGCUUCUCAGCACUAGAUUCCUCCAGGAUUUGACAGUAAUCAACAGCUUCACGAAGGAAAAAAUAAUCUCCGCAUCUGUUGAUAUCUACAAUCACUCCAGACUCAUUGAACCCAUCAACAGCUACAGGACAAUACCAGGUUCUUACGCUUUCAUUCACAUGAUGAAGCUGUACUCCCGGAUCAUCACAAAGAAACACGAGAAGAUCACGGAGUCUCGUCACCGAUACCAAAUAGGAUUAGAGAAGCUGCAGUACGCUGAGCAAGAAGUCUCGAAGAUGAAGUCAACGCUGACAGAUCUGAAGCCUCAGUUGGAAUUGUCAGCGAGACAAACGGAGGAGACGAUGAGGGAAAUUGAAACUGAGAAUAUUAUAGUGGAGAAUGCAACGAUUCAGGUGAAGAAGGACGAAGAGAUAGCGAACAAUGCUGCUGAGAUUGCUGCAAUUCUGAAAUCAGAGUGCGAAGCUGAUCUGGCGGUGGCUAUUCCGAUCCUGGAGGAUGCCAUCGCAGCUUUGAAUACCCUAAAACCUGCGGACAUAACUCUUGUAAAAGCCAUGAAGAAUCCACCAGACACCGUGAAGCUGGUGCUGGCAGCUGUCUGUGUGAUGCUGAAUGUGUCCUCUGACAGAGUCAUCGAUCCAGUGACUGGGAAGAAAUCGAUGGACUACUGGGGCCCGAGCAAGCGAAUUCUCGGUGAGAUGAACUUCCUUCAAAUGCUCAAGGACUACGACAAGGACAACAUUCCACCGAGUCUGAUGUCAGUCGUGAAGAAGACGUACAUGACGGACAAGAACUUCAUGCCUCACAUCGUGGCGAAGGCCUCCAGUGCUGCCGAGGGUCUCUGCAAAUGGGUCAGGGCGAUGGUAUCCUACGACGAAGUCGCUAAGAUCGUUGCACCCAAGAAGGAGAAACUCGCUCUAGCCGAGAAAGAGUGCAACGAGAGCCUGGACUUUCUCAAUCAGAAGCGAAAGACACUCGCUGAGUUGACACGAAAGUUAACGGCCUUGAAUGAGACACUACGAGAGACUCUAGCCAAGAAGUUCGAGUUGGAGAAUGAAGUCAGGAGUUGCACCGAGAAGCUAGGGAAGUCUGAGGGAUUAAUUGCGAGUCUGGAUGGAGAGAAGAUCAAGUGGAAGGGGUCAGUCGACUUCUUGAAGAGUUCGUUGGAGACCCUAGCUGGUGAUCUCCUGAUCUCUUCUGGGGUCAUCGCUUUCCUUGCCUCGUACGACGAAGUCCAUAGGCUGAAGAAUAUCGAACGCUGGAAGGAGAUUCUCCAGGGGGAACGGGUAGCCAUCUCCAAGAAAUACGAUUUUCUGGUCAGUCUUGAAUCCAAAAUUACCAUCGACUCCUGGAGGCUCUCCGGGUUAUCCCGAAACAAAUAUUACGAUGAGAAUGGCGUUAUCAUGAAGAAUUCAGGGCUCUGGUGUCUCCUGGUCGAUCCUCAAAAUCAGGGGAACACUUGGAUUCGAAAGCUCGAGGAGAAGAACAACCUGAGGGUCUUCAAGUCGUCAGAAGUUCGACUUUCUCAUUAUGUCGAGGCAAUAAAGGCGUGCCUAGAGGUCGAUUCUCCGGUUCUGUUGGAGAAUCUGGGUGAGAACUUCAGUCCUUCGGACCUAGACGUCAUCUAUCAGCUGAAGUCUGGGAAAUCGAACGCAGAGACUGAAGGAUUUCGAUUCUACAUGACCACAAGACUUCAGAAUCCUGCACUCAAUCCGUACAUCCUCAAAAAAACAAAUGUCAUCAACUUUCAUCUACCCACAGCUGCUCUCCACGAGCAACUGCUUGAUAUCGUUGUGUCAAGGGAACAACCGGAGCUCCAGGAGAAAUUUAAUGACUUGAAUAUUAGAAGUAACGGAAACAAGCAGAUCCUCAUCGAGGAGGAAAAGAACAUUCUCGUCACGCUCUCUUCAACAUCAACAUCAGUUUCGAUUCUCGAGGAUGAGAAAGCUCUGAAGAUCCUGGAUGCCUCGAAGAAGCUGUCCGUCGAGAUCAUGCGGAAGGAGAGAGCUACGGAAGAAGCGAAAAAGGAAAUCGACAUGUUCAGAGAGUGUUACAGCAAAUUCACUUCAUUUUCCGCGAGUUUGUACAACACCACAACUUCCCUGACAUCUUUAAAUGUCAUGUAUCAGUUCUCAUUGACCUCUUUCACGCAACUCUUCAUGAAGUCCAUAGACGCCUCCAGAAGGAGUCACGUAAUCGAGAAGCGAUUGAAGUAUCUGAAAUGCUCCUUCGCCCAGACACUCCACUCGAGCGUCAGGAACUCAUUACUCGAGGAGCACAAGAUUGUUUACUCGUUCCUGCUUUGUCUCAAGAUGUUGUCGAGUGAUGAUGCCCUCAAUCCCCAGGAAGUCGACUGUUUCUUCGAGAAAGCCGAAGAUAUGGACUACGAAUCGGCAGUUCCGUCGGUCAAAUUGCAAAGAUUAGAAGAACGCUUUCCGGUAUUCGAAGGAAUCACCAGAAGCCUUGAAGAUGAUGACAGUUGGAGGAAAUUCUUGUCACCGAACCGCCCAGAAGAUGAUAAUCUCCCGCCUCCUUGGAGUUCACGCCUCUCGAUCUUUCAGAAGCUGCUGCUGGUCAAAUUCCUGAAGCCCAGCGAACUUCUCGAAUCUGUGAAGGGCUUCGUCGAUAUGGUGAUGACCCAGUGCGGGGUGCCUCCGUCAUCCCCUGGAGGACUAUUACAAUCAUAUUCAGAGUCCACGUGCCUCAUCCCCUUGGUGUUCAUUCUACCGACAUACAUGGAGCCUCUGAAAAUGAUUACAGAGUUCGAGAAAAAAUUCGGCUACACCUCGAAGAUCUUCACAGUAUCUCUGGGAGGUCCUGAGGACUCAACGAUCGAUCAAUUGAUCAGGAACUGCCAGAGGGAGGGGGCCUGGGUGGUCAUCCAGAAUUGCCACCUCGCGGAUGCUUCCACCCUUUUCCUUCUCGAGAAAAUCCAUGAAGAGAAGACUAGUGGUACCCCUGCCCUUCUGGGCUUCCGGCUCUGGCUCUCCAGUCUUCCCUGCGAGGCGUUUCCCGUGGGGAUUCUUCAGGAUGCCAUCAAGAUCUCCAACAGUCCACCGAAAGACCUGAAGGACUCUCUCCUCAAUUGCUAUCACUCCGAUCCCCUCAACAAAAUGGAAUUCAUCUCCAGCUGUCCAGGCAGGGACAAACUAUUCUCGAAGAUGAUCUACGGAUUCUCUCUCUAUCACUCUAUCCUGAGGGAGCGGGGGAAGUUCGGGACCCGCGGGUGGAACGUCCCCCAUGACUUCACACCUGGAGAUUUCAAUAUUUCCGUCAAACAGUUACAGAGUCUUUUGAUAAUUACGGAUUUCGAAAGGGGAAGGAAUCAUUUCCUGGAGGGAAUUUUCUAUCUCGUUGGGAGGUGUAACUAUGGCGGGAGAGUUCUUGACCCUGAGGACCAGGUGUUCGUCGAUGAAGUUCUCAAGGAUUUUUGUAAUGAACAGGUCGGGCUGAGGAGGAAUUACGCGGUUCGAGGAGAAGUCGCGGGAUUUGUGCGGAUUCCUGACAGAUGCGAAUAUAAAGAUUUUCUCAAGCAUGUGGAGGCCAUUCAGGAGGGCGAUGACGUCCUCAGGGUGUUUGGGAUGGAUGAGGACGUGGGGAUGAUGAGGGAUCUGGUCCAGGUGAAGAACUUUCUGAAGUCGUUGGAUUUAAUUAGAUCUAUUGACAGAAAUUGUCAUCUGGAAGCUAGAGGAUUUGAAAUGUCUCGAGAAGAACCUGUGGAUGAUUUCCCUGGAGUCUUCAAUAUUCAGGUAAUGACUGAUAAAUUUUCUGUGGAGUACUCGAAACCGUUGGAUUAUAUUCUGCGAGAGGAGAUUGAUGAUUUCAAUUCGAAAUUAGAACGACUCAGAAUUUCUUGGGAAAAUCAAGAGAUCAAGACUGAGGAAAAUAUGGGGAUUGAACGGUUGAAGGAAAAAUAUAUCCUUCUGCGGAAUUGGCUGGAGGAUCGGCUCCCGAGGGGUCCCAUCGAUUUGGGACUGAUUUCUGCCCCCAGGAAAUUAUUUUCCACGAUAAAAAUUAUGUUCUCGAGAGAACUCGCAGCGGAUAUCACAGAAAUUGAGUUGGAAACUCACGUUUUGGGGGUGAAGGAUUCUAGAGAACGUGAGGAAUUGAUUAAUGAUGGGAAAUCAAUUUUUAUUGAGGGGUUGUGCCUCGUUGGGGGCAGGUGGAAUGAUCACGAGGGGAAAUUGGAGGAAAUUGUUCAUUAA